CGGAGCGCAUCGUACCGAAUUUCUCUUGCUUUAUCUUCGAUAUUUCCUACAAUAAUCGUAUAGAUCUUCCAAAAAAGGUUUGAUUAUGUGUCCCGCAAUGGAAGGAAUCAAACUAGCCACAAAUUUGAACUUAAAUCGUCGUAAAACUCGCAGAGGGAAGAGAUGUGGACAACGGCACCGUGACCGUGUGAUAGAAAAUGUUGUUGGUGAUUGCGCAACCCUUCUGAUCGCAGACAUUCUAAGGAGCGAGUCUAAAAAAGGCUGCACAGACUGUGUAAAGAGACGUGAAUUUCGUGGAAAACGCCGUGGUCUGCGUCCGAACUUUUAUCCUAAAGCCCCAAAGAACUCUUCAACUUUCAUCAUUGACAACAAGGACUUUCUUUGGGACGGCGAAGUUGGUUGUAUAAAAAACCGAAAACAGCCAGUCACUCCACCACCGGUGGCAGUGCUCAAUCUGCUCGCACCGCCAGCUCCAUUGUUCGUAACAUUGACAAAUUCCCCAUUCUAUGGAGAAAGGUCAUCUGAAGUCUUCAACCUUCAAACGUCGCCGACAAAUUCUGAAGUUUCUGAUGUUUCAGGAAAUGAUGCUUCCUUUUACGUACCAACGCCGUUGAAAUCUGAUAUUCACCGGAACACUCCAGAAAAACAACCUGAAAGUGAAAAGGACGCUUGUCCUUUGGAAGAUAUGUUCGAUUCAGACUAUGAAUCUUUCGGAGAAGACGAUACGUAUUCAUUCAUGCUCCAAGACUUUGAAUCUGCAUUUCAGAAUGCGCAGGAAGAACCACUGUGGUCGUUUGGUCGCUAUGAACUUAUUGACGGGAUAUCCGAGUUAGGUGAUCGUGUUGCUGAGUUAGAACACUUGACGUCAAGGAAGGAACAGUCUGUGGCCAGUGACUCUUGUGCCACGUUGGAAAUAGGAGCCGACACAGUAUUAGGGGAACAAAGGAGUUGUGAAGAUCUUUCGGACGAUAUUCGUGACUUGUAUGCAGAACUGGAGGAACUAAGACAAGAAAACGCACACCUGAGAUCGGAAAAUAAGUCAUGAUUCAGAACAUAUUGAUUAGAAUACGAAGUUUGAAGCAACGAUAGACUCGACGAAUCGGUCAUCUGCGGGUGCGGUGAUGUUUUAAAAUGGCGGGCUACUGCCGAGUAUAAGCAACGGAACGGAGGGGGUUGACAUUGCCACACCUUCUUCCCGACAACGUUUUUACAGGACGACUCGGUGGAUGGUUACAGGGAUGGAAGUGCAGAGGUUUGUGGGGUUCACAGAUAGGUAACUGUGAUUCCCAUGUCUUGUGCAUGUCCGCAGAAUUGUACUAGAAAAAACCUGUUUUAGUUGACUAAGGUUGUCAACGCUUUGGGAAGGCAAAAACAUCUCUAAAGUUGUGUGUUAUAAAAUAAUUUCUAAAUCGCAACUUGCAACAUUGAAGUAAGACUCUUGAAGACUGCCUUUUAGGUGGUCACUAUAGGGUGUCUGUCCUAUCAUCUUGAUAUGCAAGGCUCUAAAGAUUAUCAUUUAAAUUUUUAAUCUAGCAGCAUUAGUACGGUCUCUCUUAGCACUUCUGAGACUGGUAGAUGCGGCAACAACCGGUUUACAGUGACAUAAUGGAGAGUAAUCCAUGAUAUGAUGGAGACCAGGCCACAUUUGAGAAGAUGUAUACAAAAUGGUGCCAGUUGGACAAUGGAUUCCAACAGCUGUACGCGAUGUGAGUCAUUCCAUUCGCAUUCCCAUCCCCUGUUCCGAUUGGGUCACCUGGAGCUGAUCUGGAUGUAUGACUGUAGUUUCACCCACCUGCAGCUUGGGAGGAAGGCAUCAUAGCGAAUGCACCAGCUUGGGAGGAAGACACCUGGUGGUCGGCCUGUGCCUCUGAUGGAGGACAAGGCUGCUGAAAAGAUCUUCAUAUAGUGGGGAGAAAGUUUUGUUUUGUUCAUACGGCAAGGCAAGGGCAUCCAGACUGGUGAGGUUCCAUUCAAUAUACGAGUUGGUUGCACCUGGCUGGGUAUAUCCAUUAUUCAGUACAUCGAGAUCUAUUUUUAUUCUAAUAAAAACCAAGGUAAUAAUACUGA